AUGUUUGAAAUGGUUCUAGUUAUCGUCCCAUUCAAGUUUCAGAGCGUUACAGUUUCUCGAAAUGUGUUUUUCCAAUUUUUUUCUAUUAUUUUCGUACUAAGGGUGGUUUUUAACACACUCUGACGGCAGGUAAGGGGUUGUCCUUUGGUGGGAAUGUUUGAAAUAGUUCUAGUUAUCGUCCCAUUCAAGUUUCAGAGCGUUACAGUUUCUCGAAAUGUUUUUUUCCAAUUUUUUUCUAUUAUUUUCGUACUAAGGGUAGUUUUUAACACACUCUGACGGCAGGUAAGGGGUUGUCCUUUGGUGGGAAUGUUCGAAAUGGUUCUAGUUAUCGUCCCAAUCAAGUUUCAGAGCGUUACAGUUUCUCGAAAUGUGUUUUUCCAAUUUUUUUCUAUUAUUUUCGAACUAAGGGUAGUUUUUAACACACUCCGACGGCAGGUAAGGGGUUGUCCUUUGGUGGGAAUGUUUGAAAUGGUUCUAGUUAUCGUCCCAUUCAAGUUUCAGAGCGUUACAGUUUCUCGAAAUGUGUUUUUCCAAUUUUUUUCUAUUAUUUUCGUACUAAGGGUAGUUUUUAACACACUCCGACGGCAGGUAAGGGGUUGUCCUUUGAUGGGAAUGUUCGAAAUGGUUCUAGUUAUCGUCGCAAUCAAGUUUCAGAGCGUUACAGUUUCUCGAAAUGUGUUUUUCCAAUUUUUUUCUAUUAUUUUCGUACUAAGGGUAGUUUUUAACACACUCUGACGGCAGGUAAGGGGUUGUCCUUUGGUGGGAAUGUUCGAAAUGGUUCUAGUUAUCGUCCCAAUCAAGUUUCAGAGCGUUACAGUUUCUCGAAAUGUGUUUUUCCAAUUUGUUUCUAUUAUUUUCGUACUAAGGGUAGGUUUUAACACACUCUUACGGCAGGUAAGGGGUUGUCCUUUGAUGGGAAUGUUCGAAAUGGUUCUAGUUAUCGUCGCAAUCAAGUUUCAGAGCGUUACAGUUUCUCGAAAUGUGUUUUUCCAAUUUUUUUCUAUUAUUUUCGUACUAAGGGUAGUUUUUAACACACUCUGACGGCAGGUAAGGGGUUGUCCUUUGGUGGGAAUGUUCGAAAUGGUUCUGAUGAUCGUUUCACUGAGUUUGAUGGUGUUACAUUUUUCCGAAAUGUGCUUUUCCAAUUAUUUUAAUAAUAAGGGUUGAUCCCAGCCUGACGGCAAUAAAGGGUUGUUCUUCGAACUAGACGUACUUGAGGGCUAUGUUAAAGACUAUUCUAAAUUUCAUGGUGUCACAUUUUAUUUUAAAAAAGUUGUUUUGUAGAUAUUAAUGUUCUACUUGAUGUUUUAUUAGGGGUAGUUUUUUGUUUUGUUUUUCUGUUGUACUUUGCCCGAGGGUAUAUAAUAAUAAUGUACACAAAGUUUGUAAAUCAACCAUUUAAAAAAAAAGAGCUGCCAAAAAAUGGCUGCUAACUUCACAAUUUUGGCUGCUACAAAUGGCUGCUAACUUCACAUUUUUGGCUGCUGCAAAAAGGCUGCUAACUUCACACCGGUUGAAAUUUUGGCCCUCUUUAUUUUUUAUAUUUAGAAAAGUAUUGUGGUUUUUCUUAUCUUCGUAAGUAGCAUCUUUAAUUAUCUUGUAAAGUUUUUUCAUGUCAUUCUUAUUACUUUCAAUUUGCCUUUUAUAAUAAUUAUUCUUUUGUUUAUGUAUAAGUUUGUUUAAAUUGUUUCUGUAUUCCUUGUAUUCUUUUUCCAAUUGGGGAUUAAAAUUUUUUAACAAUUUUUUCUUCAUUUUAUCUCUAGUUUUAAUUGAUGUGAUAAUGCCGUUACUAAUCCAGUCCUUAAUUUUUUUGAGCUUUUUGUGUUUUACAGUGUAGGUUUGAGUGGCGCUUGACAACAAUUGUUGAUAAGUUUCCAAGAAAAUUGUUGUUGCUGUUUCAGGAUUACAUUUAUUAAUUACAUUUGACCAAUCAUAAUUUUGUAAUAGAAGUUUAAAUUUGGUGAUAUCCAAUUUAGCUUUAGUGUUAUUUUGGGGAUGUAUUAAAUUUUCUUGCGGUUUUUCUUUUUGGCUGACUAAAAACAUUAUUGGGCUGUGAUCGGUUAUAUCUUCUUGCAAUAUAAAGGAAUCGAAGUAUAAAUUAUUAGAUUUUAAUUUUUGAUUAACGAACAAAUGGUCCAGACAAGUUUUCGAAAUAGGUCUCGUUAUUGAGUUGAUGUAUGACCGAAAACCCAGCGAGCUCAUCAUAGCAAGAUAAUUUGUAACCAAGUUGUCGUUUUUCUCCAAAAUAUUUAUAUUGAUAUCUCCCACAAAAAUUUCAAUAUUGGCAAAAGUCAUUGGUUCUAGGUAUGUAUAUAUGUCAUUUAUAAAAUCAGUUUUUGGAAUGGGUGGUGGCUUAUAUGUUGCUGUUAGACCAAAUGUUGUGCCAUUCAUUUCAAAAUUCAUUCUACUGAUGGUUGCUUUUGAGUUUGUCAAUUGAAUAAAGGAGAAAUCAACAUUUAGAUUUUUUUUAACUAGUAUUACAACACCAUCGUUUUUAUUAUAAUUAGCCUCAUUAUAGUAGACCUUAUAGUCUGGAAUGUUACAGUUAUCUAUUGAGUCAAUCUGAAAGGUUUCAGUAAGCACAAUAAUAUCCAUAUAAUGCAAUUUAUAUGUUUCUAAAAAAGUAACUAAACUAUCAAUAUUUUUGUUUAAGCUUCUGAUAUUGAAAUGGAUUAAGCUUAAUAAAGAUUUUUUAGUUUUAAAAAUGUCUAACCUCUUUUGGUCCACCAU